AUGGAUAUUGCCUUGUGCACUUUGCGCGUUGCAAUCCCGGAAGAGGUUGUUUCGGAUAGUAAUGUCGAUCUGAAAAGUACUAGAUCGCUGAUGAAGGAUCUACUGGAAGUUGCAUGCCCCCAAAUACAUUUUGGGAUUCUUCGUCCAGCCAAUCCAUCGUCAUCACGAGUGGAGGAUCUGCUCGUCAAAAUUGAUGAACAGCCGAUAUAUACAAGGUACAAGGUUGGUGUGAUGUACUGCGGAACCGGUCAGUCUACGGAAGAGCAGAUGUACAACAAUGGUACUUUUUUUUUUUUUGAAAAGUAA